AUGUCCUCUGUGCACAGAAUACUUGACACCUGGACAAUUCAUGUCCGGAGAAGUGAUGCACAGGCACCCAUUACUCAGAGGAGCAGGACGUUGAAUGGAAUUAGAGUGGGGAGAGCUUCAGCUUCGCAGUAUGUUGGAAUUAGGGGCUGGUGGGGAUUCACAAACGCACCUUUGGAUCUAAUUCAACCACAUAUCCUUCACCUUUGGAAGGCACGACAGACAGAUAAGCAAAUUGUUACAGAAUUGCAGAAACACUUUGAUACAUCAUGCUAUGGUCUCGGACUCACGAAAUUUCUCAAGAUCUGUGAAGGGAUGGGCCUUCGGAGAACAUGCCAGCAAGGUCAUACAGUCGAGACUAUCUGUGAUGCCAUGGCUGAUUUGUGGCCGACGUAUCCAAAUGCUGGAGCGCGUGAAAUUGUAAGCUUAUUAUUUCACGAAAGGAGCAUGAGUGUAACUAGGAGUGUUGUGACAUCUUAUUUCACUAUAUACGAGCCAGAGCUUGUAUGCCAGCGCAAGGCCAAUCGCCUUCGAAGGAGGUUUGGUCUUGGCCUCCAUACUGGCAUUGAGCCAUUCUCUGGUCGGAUUAUGUGGAUGAGGGUCUGGCACUCAAACCAGAACCCGCAGCUUAUCCUAAGCUAUUACCUCAAUACACUCGAGACACUCGGGCAUAUGCCUAUGGUGACCCAGAGCAACCCUGGGUCAGAAAACUUCGGAAUAGCUAAUGCCCAUACCAUGCUACACCAAUGGCAUGAUCCCGCACUCCUGGGUACCCUGCAACACCGUUGGAUGAGGAACAAGAAGAACGUAAUGCCCGAAAUAACAUGGUCGCAACUGCAACAAUGUUUUACACCAGGAUUCGAGACACUUUUGGAUCAUGGUGUUACAUCAGGUUGGUAUGAUGCCAAUAAUACUCUCCAAUUGAUGCUUUUUCAAUGGUGGGAGUUAGACGCAUACCAGGACCAAGUGAAUAACACUGCAAAACGGCGGGACCGAAAUAAAAUUCUUCCCCAUGGUGUACAAAACAUUGUCUACCAGUCGCCCGAGGACUUUGGUGCGUUGGACUUUAAAGUAAGCAAUACUAGCAUGCUUGUUCUGGUGCUUACCAUUUUUUCAUAG